AUGGCGGUCACCUGCCGAGAGAUGCUGAAGCAGCUGAGGGAUCCAAGGAGUCAUCAACUUCGUGUUUCCACAGCAAGCUUCUGUGCUGCGACGCCGGCCCUUCUUGCGCUCGGCACUGGUGACUGCAGGCAGUUGAGCCUCGACCGGCUUCGCUCGCUGCGCCUCGAUGUCCUGGAGGAGAGCGGCCAUUUGCCGCAGAGGCUCGCGGACAGGCUUCUGAGCUGCUUGGGCCGUACUCUCAAAGCCGCCAAAUGCAAUGGGGCCUUGCCUUUGCAGGAGCUCUCCCUGCGUUUGGCAUCCUUCGCCAACAAUGCGGAGCCACUCAGGCCGUCCUCCGAAGCUCGCAGUGCUCUCAUGGAGGGUCUCGAGUCCCUGCCGCUGCGGCGGCUGCAGCUUAGCUUCCUGCCACUCCGCCAGAAAGAUGUUUCGGAGAAGGUGGAGGAUGCAGGCGGCGGGAGGUGUUUAACCUUCACAUCGAUGCUCAGAGGGCUUGGCCGUCUGGAGCAUCUCGUCCUGACCCACAACGGCAUGUUUGGAGACGUUGCCAUGGAGUUGGCAAAGGCUCUACAGCAGCUGCACUUGCGCACGGCAGACUUCUCCAGAAACCGCAUCUCCGUUGAGGCCCAGUCGAACCAUGACCUAGUCCCGGCCGUGAUUAAGGUGGACUUUGCAGGGCCCGGAAGUCGUAGGCGAAUGCACCCAGACAUCCUCGAAUCACAGGGUCUGCUUCAUGCAGCGGCAGCCAGCAAGCUGGAAGAUGCUUUCCAGAGCGUGCUGACAGGACUUUCCAAGAAGUAUGGCUUUGCAACGCAGUUGGCUUGGAAAUCGGCCACGGAGGAUUUUACCGUCUCUGCUGGACGUGAUCCAGUUACUGGCAGAGCAGUAACGGAGAAUGACACCUUUGCAUUCGGCUCUGGCACCAAGCCUUACACGGCUGUUCUGGUCCUAAAGCUGGUCGCAGAGGGAAAAGUCGAGCUGGACAAGCCUGCAGCCACUUACGUGGAUGGUGUCCUUCAGCGCUUGAACGGCACCUCCAUGGUGGGACUGUUUGGGCAGCAAGCAUCACAAGUCACUGUCGGGCAUCUCCUGCGCAUGCAAAGUGGCCUGAACGAUUUUGACGUGCCUGACUUUGACAAGGCACUUCUGCAGCAUGGCGACACGCUGCACAGCCCCAUGGAGUUCCUGCAUGGGGCAGCCAAGCAAAGCCCAGUCUUUCUUUGCGACCCGGGCGCUUGCACGAGCUAUACCAGCACCAACUACAUCCUGGCCGGCUUUGUGGCCUUGGGAGCCAGCGGCGGAACGGACUGGUCAGCUCUGGAUCAGAGCCAGAUCUUCCCCAAGUCGGCAGGUGGGAAGUACCAGCAGUGUACCUUUGCAGACAAGGGCCAACUCAACAGCAGCCUGACCAUCGCAGGUGCCUCUGGCGGGUUCUUCCGCCACACCCGCGUGAGUUCCCAGGAUGCCUCCAUCCUCGGCUGGACUUGCGGUAACCUGGUCUCGCCCGCCUCGGCUGCAGCGGAAUUCUUCUACGACUUGCUCAUCGCCAAGCAGAUCAUUCCUGCAAAAAUGGUGGAUGAAAUGCAGGACUGGCGGCCUUUGAACGUUGGUUGGGCCAAGGGUCAGAUCCAGUAUGGCACUGGCCUGAUGAUACAGCAGACCAGUUGGAAUGCCACCUACCCACCAGUCCUGGGCAGCUGGGGGUCCUACGUUGGUCACGGAGGAGACACGUACGGCUUCCUGUCAGAGAGCGGCGUCCUCCCGCAGUUUAAUGCAUCCUUCUCUGCCAUCGCAAACCAGGACUACAUGGGCACCUUCGUGAAGAAUCUCGUCGUGUGCAGCAUCAUCGAAGUGGCAGCCAAGGUGAUUCUGGAUGAGGAGAUCUACUUGAAGUGUGGCAUUCAGCCCUUCCCAACUGAGGUGGUUGUGUAG